UUUUCCAUUCAUUUAUUUUGGACACAUACUGCAUAUUCAAUGCCCGUUCUUUAAUAAAAAACCCAUUGCUUGCUGCCAGUCUCCAAAUACAAACUGCUAUAAUGCAGGCUUGGCACAAACGGUACUUCGUGCUUCGAGACGAGACUCAGGAUCGUAGUCCCUGCCUGGAGAUGUACGAAAAAGACGAACUGUUCACGGCGCCCUUGGGGAUAGCCGGCCCUAAGCUCAUCCUCGAUCUCGGCCAGUGCGUCCACAUCGGGUUCACCUCAGAUUCCAGUCGUUUCCCUUACGCUUUGGUCAUUGUUUGCCAAGGGAGGUCACCUCUCAUCUUGGCGGCUGAAGACGAACUAAGUGCGCGCUCAUGGCUUUUGGCGCUGGGACUCAUUACGCACAAAGGAAAUGCAGGUCAGUGUCAGCGAACUUCUUUUAAUCCUCCACCUUCCUUACUGUUGGAGGGGAGUGGCCGAAGGCGGAACAAAAAUGUCUACCGUGACACGUGUUCCCUUCCUCAAGAGUCAUCUGCUCCAUUGUCUGUGGAAAGCACUGCAGCUACACUUCUGCCGGAAGAGUACAAUGACAACGACAUGGACUUGUCGUUCGCUCGUGAAAUCUUCCAAGUUUCUGUCAAUCCCACCGAAGAUUCCCAGAGGUUGGGCAUGAGUGGUGAUCUGCAGUUGGCUAUCUUCAGCCAUGGAGUGGGCUUGGCCAAGCCGGGAAUGGCUUCUUGUUUCGUGGUAUGGCCAGUUGCGUACAUACGUCAAUACCUUCACGAGUCUACCAGCUCGACGGGAAGGACCAAAACAACUAUCGUUUCCCUUGAAGUGGGGAGACGUUCUGCGACGGGAGAAGGAAUCUUCCAAUUCCGGACGCAGAAAGGAGCAGAGAUUAUCCGAGAACUGAAGGGGAUCGUAGAGUUGUGGUCUGCAAGAAAAGCCGUCCUCUCCAUCCAGCAGUCGUCUGCAAAGCACGACAUCUUCCGAAAUUCACCCUCUAAAGGAUGCCAAUCGAGAGGAAGGUCGUGGAAUCAUUUCACUGGUCGAUCGGCACCAUGCACUCCUAGCCUGGCCUUUCCCCAUUGUUGGCAGCAGCGCUAUACAAGCCCGGGACCCAGCAAAAAGGCCCUGUCGGACUUAAACCGACCGUUCAGUGUUUCGGAAGUCGGUCGAUCACCUAAGAAGGAUCCUAAUGAUAAAGAAGACGAUGAACCUCAAAUAAACUACAUCGUGCCCUGCUUCGAAGAUUCUUCCCCGCAGUCGGAAAAAGUGAACGCAGGGAAGAGUCCUAGUAUAAUCUCGAAAAAAACGGUAACGGCGGACGUGGGCAAAGAUGGAUGCGUCCGAACGAAACACACGCGCAUUAUGGGUGCGUGUUCCAUCCCUGAAGUGCGCAGUGUGCGGGUGGAGGCUUGCUCUGGUGAUAGCAGUGAUGAAUGCUGCUAUGUGGAAGUGGACCCAAGCGAGUCCAAGGUCAUCGAGGCAUCCGCCACACCUGUCCCAAGUCCGGCCAAGAGUAGAACGACCUCGACAUCUGAGCCCGAAGGUUACCUUGAAGUUUUGCCGACAUAAUUGAACUACUUCUUGAAAAAAAAAUAUGACUCUGGAUUUGUUGAAGAAGAAGAAUUUUAACAGUCAGAGUCUAAGACUUUCAGCAGCAAUGUGUCUGCAUCGUUGAUGAACUCUUCUGUGGAAAACUUUUUUUCUCACUACUUUGUUUUAUUUAUUCAUCAAUAAAUUUUAUGUCUACCGGAUUCUCUACGAAGAUUUGCUGGUCGGCAAUUGGACGUCAAGAAUGGUUCACUUGUUUAUACGUAGUAAAACUUGGAUCUAUUCGCUGAAAUUUUGAGAAUAAUAUUCUCAGAAAUACAUUUUCUCCUAAAGCAUUUCAUCAUGGUUAUGACGAUGAUAACAGGCUUAGAAACCUUUUUCAUAAUAUUGCUUUGAUAUAAUAUAUUUUAUUAUUUUAUGCCAUUAGGUAAAGUCUCUUGACUUUUUUCAGUACGACCGAGCCUUUUGCCAAUGUCGGAUAUCAAUAAAGUUUCGUUUAUAUUCCAAUAAAAGCCGGUUUCAAAUGAUAUUGAUAGUAUCAAUAUUUAGAGAAGAAUGAACACAUUUUAGAGCAUAU